AUGAGGAGCGCAGCCAAGCCCUGGAAUCCGGUCCUCAAAGCAGGCAGCCAUGGGACAGACCGGGCUCGGCCCCUCCCAGCGGCGCCCUCCGGCAUGAAGAGUUCCAAAUCUUCCACCUCGCUGGCGUUUGAGUCCCGGCUCAGCAAGCUCAAGAGGGCCAGUAGCGAGGACAUGCUCAACAAACCAGGAAGUACCGCCGCUUCCGGGGUGGUUCGACUGAAAAAGACUUCAACAGCUGGAGCCAUCUCCGAGCUUGCAGAGAGCCGCCUGCGGAGCAACCCAGGGGCUGUGCCAACAACCAAACGGACGGGCAUUCCAGCUCCUCGAGAACUUUCAGCAACUGUCUCGAGGGAGAGAACCGUGCCACGCGGUCCCUCCAACCCCAGGAAGCCAGUGUCCAGUCCAACUUCUUCCAGCACGCCCACCCCUACUAAGCACCUGAGGACCACUUCCACAAGACCCAAGCAAGAGCCUGAAGGCGGGGAGAAGGCCGUGCUCGAGUCCCAGGUUCGGGAACUUCUCGCAGAAGCCAAAGCAAAAGACAGUGAAAUUAACAGGCUUCGAAGUGAACUGAAGAAAUGCAAGGAGAAAAGGACUCCAGGCGCUGAAGGAGCUGAGGCUUCAGACAUCAGCCCAGACGGAACCUCCUCCUCGCCGGGUGACUCAGAACCCCUGAUACGCACUCUAGAGGAGAAAAACAAGAGUUUCCAGAAAGAACUUGCAGAGCUUGAGGAGGAGAACCGGGCCUUGAGGGAGAAACUGACUUACCUGGAGCAUUCCCCAAAUUCAGAGGGGGGCGUGAGUCACAUCGGGGACAGCAGCUGCCCGACGUCCCUAACUCAGGAGUCAAGCUUCGGCAGCCCGACGGGGCAUCAGUUGUCCAGGGAUAUUGAGGAGUUUGCAAACAGCAGACACGGAAAUGUAUUACGGACAUCGGGCUCUUCGAGCAGCGAUGUUACCAAAGCUUCUCUGUCCCCCGAUGCCUCCGAUUUUGAGCACAUCGCAGCAGACACCCCCUCCCAGCCCCUAUCCUCCACCAGCAACCCCUUUAAGGGCUCCAAGUGUUCGACCAGCGGCAGUUCCCCUAACAACGCAAGCGAGCUGUCCCUGGCCUCCCUCACGGAAAAGAUCCAGAAGAUUGAGGAGAAGCAUCACAGCACGGCUGAAGAGCUCCAGGCCACUUUGCAGGAACUGUCCGACCAGCAGCAGAUGGUGCAGGAGCUGACCGCCGAAAACGAGAAGCUUGUGGACGAGAAGGUGCUCUUAGAAACAUCCUUCCACCAGCACCGGGAGAGAGCCGAGCAGCUGAGUCAAGAAAACGAGAAACUCCUGAACCUCUUGCAGGAGCGGGUGAAGAACGAGGAGCCCGCGGCGCAGGAGGGAAAGAUCCUCGAGCUGGAGCAGAAGUGUGCCGAAAUCCUGGACCAGGGCCGCUUCGAAAGAGAGAAGCUGCUCAACAUCCAGCAGCAGCUGACCUGCAGCUUGCGGAAGGUUGAGGAGGAAAACCAAGGCGCUUUAGACAUGAUUAAACACCUGAAGGAAGAAAACGAAAAACUGAAUGGGUGUCUGGACCUGGAACGGCGGAAUAACGGCGCGAUGGCUCAGAGUCUGGAGGAGUGCAGAGCCACGCUCGAAGGGCUGCGGAUGGAACACGGGUCGCUGAAGGCUCAUUUGGAGAACGAGAAGCAGAAGGCUACAGAGACCAGCCCCGUGGGGCACACGGCCGAGGGCCGUGAGGUUCAAGAGAUGUUGAGGGUCGCUCGCGCAGAGAAGGAGCAGCUGGAGCUUUCUUGCACCGAGCUCAAGCAAGAGUUAGUGAAGGCCCACAGUGAAGUCAAACAUGUUUCGAGCCUGCUGGCCAAGGUGGAAAAGGAUUAUUCUUACUUGAAGGAGAUAUGUGACCAUCAGGCAGAACAACUGAGCCGAACCAGCCUGAAACUGCAAGAGAAAGCAUCGGAGAGUGAUGCGGAGAUUAAAGACAUGAAGGAGACCAUAUUUGAAUUGGAAGAUCAGGUGGAACAGCAUCGGGCUGUCAAGUUACAUAACAACCAGCUCAUCAGCGAGCUGGAAAGCAAUGUGAUGAAGCUGGAGGAGCAGAAGUCAGACCUGGAAAGGCAGCUUAAGACCCUAACUAAGCAGAUAAAGGAGGAGACAGAGGAAUGGCGGCGCUUCCAGGCAGACCUCCAGACGGCGGUGGUAGUGGCCAAUGACAUCAAGUAUGAGGCCCAGCAGGAGCUGCGCGCCGUGAAGCGGAGGCUGCUGGAGGAAGAGGAGAAGAAUGCCAGGCUGCAGAAGGAGCUGGGGGACAUGCAGAGCCACGGCAGACCCGUGAACGAAGAGUCGGAGCCUCCCGGGGUUGAGGCUCCCGGCCGCUGGCAUGGCGUCUACGUGAGCAGGACGUCUCCGACGCCAUCGGAAUCUGCGACCACUGUUAAGUCCCUCAUCAAGUCAUUCGACUUGGGACGGCCAGGUGGAACCGGACAGAAUAUUUCUGUCCAUAAAGCCCCCAGAAGUCCCCUGAGUGGGAUUCCAGUAAGGACCGCUCCCGCCGCUGCUGUCUCCCCAAUGCAGAGGCAUUCAACGUACAACAGUGUUCGGCCGGCCAGCAAAGGUGUGACUCAGCGUUUGGAUCUUCCAGACCUUCCCCUCUCAGAUCUUCUAAAGGGAAGGGGUGAGGACCUGAAACCGAACCCUUAUCUCCGGAAGAGCCCCUCGCUGGAGUCCCUGAGCAGACCCCCUUCUCUGGGCUUCGGGAACACGAGGCUGCUGAGCGCGUCCACUGGGGGCUUGAAACCACAGAGCAAACUCAGCGUGGAAAGAAGAGACCCGCUGGCUGCCUUGGCCCGGGAAUAUGGAGGCUCCAAGCGUAACGCUCUCCUGAAAUGGUGCCAGAAGAAGACAGAAGGCUACGCGAACAUCGAUAUCACCAAUUUCAGCAGCAGCUGGAGCGAUGGUUUGGCCUUCUGUGCUCUCCUCCAUACCUACCUGCCUGCCCACAUCCCGUAUCAGGAGUUAAACAGUCAGGAGAAAAAAAAGAAUCUCCUGUUGGCAUUUGAAGCAGCCGAAAGUGUAGGCAUCAAACCCAGCCUGGAGCUCAGUGAGAUGCUGUACACAGACCGGCCUGACUGGCAGAGCGUGAUGCAGUAUGUGGCCCAGAUCUACAAGUACUUCGAGACGUAGAGCCCGAGGGCCGAAGAGCAGCCGGCCCCCCGGCCUGCAGCUGGUCCUCCAAGCACCUGGUCACUUUCCACCGGUCCCCCUCCAUCCACCGCCUGCCACACUCCAUCGGGGGGCCCAGCGCACAAACCAGAAACUGAACUGGAUCCCACCACGCCCCCGCUUUAAGUCCAGAUGCAUUUGGAGCAUGGGCCAGGGAAGUUCUGCUCCCCCUCGGCCUUCCUCCUCCCAGCCUGGGCUCUGUCCACCAGAACUGGGUGGGCCAUCUCUGGUCACACGGAGCGACUUCACCCGUGAGCGGCCGAGGUCCACCACCAACAGCACUUCCAAAGCAGUCAUCUUUUUUCUGAAAACCCAGGCUCCUGCCUUUAGAAAAACUCUACCCUCGCCACCACCCACCCCGUCAAGUAAGAAAACACCCAACAAAAUGCGAAAAGACCAACCUUGCUCUCGCGCCCGCUGGCAACGCAGGAGCCCUGCCUUUCUUGGGGAAUGUGCUUGCGCGCUAGACAACAGUUGUGACACCUAGAACUUGAUCACACUUCUUAGGUCUUGCUGUCACCUAUGGGAAUCUGUGGAUGGAGGAGCAGAGGUGUGAGAAUCCCAGGCAGCCCCUGGGUGGCUGGCUGCGGUGUUCCCUUGGGGUGGCUCGCAGACAAGUGUGUGUCUCUGUGCUUGCACGCACUCACACUCAGAAACCCCCC